CACACGAUAACCCCCUCAUGCUUUAAAAAACACACGAGAACCCCCUCGUGGUUUUCCAAAACGAGUAAGUUGGACGGAAAAAAUAAACAUUAACGGCAUCAUUCAAUUGGACCAUUUUACCCCUAUUUAUAUAAGAUUCACAGCACCAAAUUUCUUACCUUUCUCUCAUUUCCUCCACUCACUGAUUCUCUCUCCUCCAAUAUCUCCCUCUUCCUUCUUUUUGUCUUGAUUCUCUCUCCUUCAAUAUCUCCAUCUUCCUUCUCACCCAUUGAAAACCACCAACCACAAUUGACAGAUCUAGCUAGUUAUUGCGCCACCGUCCAAGUACAUCCACCCCAUUACCAUGAUCCAAGAGGUCAACCAUGGGCAUAUUUUUUCUCUUCUGAGCUGGCGCGAUCAAUUAGUUUUCGAGAAUGUUUGGAUCCCCUACUAUGGUUUCGAGAGGGUGAGAUAUGAAUUUCACAUUCAAGACGGCAACAAUAAUUUGCUGGAUUCAGAAUUUUCGUUCAAGUUUCCCUUGUGGAUAAGGGGUUUUAUUUGGCAUUCUACGACAUCGGUGGUCUCAUGAUUUUUGAAAUUUUUGUAGUUAUUUUCUUUUUUUUUUUUGUUUUUCAUUUUAAAAUAUUUGUUGAAAAACUCGAAGUUAGGUGAAGUUAGAUUAAACUUCCUUGAUUAAUUCCUUCACUUUUUCCCCUCUAGUUUUAGACUUGUAAGCUUUUCCCUUUUUUUUUUUCCGUUGUAAUUUUUCAAGAUAUUUCUUAAUGAUAAUGGUUUGUAAUGCUGGUUUGGGGCGUGUGGAGAAGUGGGGGGAUAUAAUUCUGUUAUUUUAUAGAUUCUGUUUAUAAUAAUAUAGAAUCAUAUAUUAGGGCUAAAAAAUAAUCACCCCUAAUAAUAACAAAUAUUAAUAUUAUUAGGGUAAAAAAAUAAUAUAUAUUACACUAAAUGAAAAUACAUAAUGUAUAGGAAUAAAAAACUUUAAGAAAAAAAAGGAAGAAUUAAAGUAAUGGAAAAAUGGUUAAAAGUCAAAACUUAAAUGGACGAUUGGCUGAGAAAAAAAAACAAUUCAACGGGGUACUUUUGGUCUGAAAAAAUUUUUUAGCAAAAAAGAGAAACCCCACUUCCCAAUAUAUGCGCGUGAAUCACACUCUCCGUUAAUAUCACACUUUACCAUCCAACUUACACGUUUUGGAAAACCACCAGGGGGUUCUCAUGUGGUUUUUAAAACAUGAGGGGUUAUUGUGUAGUUUCCAAAGUUUCUAAAACCACGAGGGGAUUCUUGUGCAUUACCCCUAAUAAAAAAAUAGUAGUAUGCACGGUAUUAGGAAAAAUAGUGAAAAAGAAGAAAACCAAUAAAGCAGGAAUCAAACAAAACGAACCACAUUAUUUCUAACGUGGGGACAUUUUCUUUUAUUUUUUCCCUCAAAUUUUCCCUUUAAACAAUGACUAAACUCUACUAUAAAGUAAAAUGGAGCCAUCAAAUCAAAUGAUACCUCCAUUGAUGGACAACAAAAACAGCGACUGCAGUUCUUUUUGUUUCUAUUUAACAACUCUGCUCCCCCUUCUCCAUCACUUCUUGGCUGGAAUUUUCACUUGGGAUUCUGAACCACUGACCGGAAUUGAGAACUCUUUCUGGGAGAAGAAAUGAAGACCGUUUGUGUUACCGGAGGUUCAGGCUUCAUAGCAUCAUGGCUUGUGAAGUUAUUGCUCCAGCGUGGUUGUACUGUCAAAGCCUCUGUUCGUGACCCCAAUGACCCGAAGAAGGUAGAACACUUGCUAGCACUUGAUGGAGCUAAGGACAGACUCCACCUGUUCAAAGCAAAUCUACUUGAAGAAGGUUCCUUUGACGAAGCAAUUGAUGGUUGUGAUGGUGUCUUCCAUACAGCAUCCCCUUUCCACAAUCCUACUUCUGAUCCUGAGGCGGAAUUGAUUGACCCUGCUUUGAAAGGGACACUUAAUGUUCUUAGAUCAUGUGCAAAAGCACCCUCAGUGAAAAGAGUGGUUCUUACAUCGUCAGUAGCUGCAGUAAUCUGCAAUGACCGCCCUCGAACCCCUGAUGUGAUAGUUGAUGAAACCUGGUGGAGUCUUCCAGAUUUCUGCAGAGAAAACAAGAUGUGGUAUGUUCUUUCGAAGACAUUAGCGGAGGAGGCUGCAUGGAAGUUUGUACAAGAGAAAGGCAUAGACAUGGUUGUAAUAAAUCCUGCUAUGGUGAUUGGUCCUCUUUUACAGCCAACACUUAAUACUAGUGCCGCUGCAAUAUUGAACUUAGUGAAUGGUGCAGAAACAUUUCCUAAUUUAACCUUUGGCUGGGUCGAUGUUAGAGAUGUUGCUACUGCUCAUAUUCUAGCUUUUGAAAAUCCAGAGGCUAAUGGAAGAUAUUGCUUGGUUGAGAGCGUGGCACACCAGUCAAAAAUUGUGAAGAUAUUGGGUGACCUUUAUCCUUCCAUCAAAUUUCCUGAAAAGUGAGUUAUACCAUCUUGCAAAAUAAUUGAACUUGUUCAGUGUGGGUUCCGGUUCACCGUGUUUCAGACCUCGUUGAUGUGAUGCCUUGUUUUUCCGUUAGGGUUAAUUUUUUAGUUAGUCGGCUGAAUUACUGAAUGAGUAAUCUUUAGAACCAUUGAAAUACAUGUUUGUAUGAUCAUCCUGGAUCAAAGACAAGUGAAGACUCGUGAAUUUCUUUGUGGCCUUGGUGAUUGCAUGUUUUUCGAUUCCCAUAGCAUUAUUUCUGUUCUUAGCUAAAUUUCCUAGGGAUUUAUAGGGUAUCUCAAAACGGAAAAACAUUUGGAACUAAGCUAUAGAGAUCGAAGGUAUUCUUCAACUCAAAAGCUAGCUUUGUGAAUGCAACUGAUAAUUAAAGUCAUACAUUUAUGCCGGGAGAUAAUCAACUAACAUAUUCAGAUAUUUGAUGGUUAAGAUAAUUUUGUGUUUGGAAACAGUUUUUACGCAGUUUCAAAUACUGUCAAUUGUUCAUUUGUCGUAAAGUUGCUGGAAAUAUUGAGAAGACAUAAGCUUUUGGUAGGCCAAUAGGCUAGUGGUGAAGUUCUUCAAGUGGCACGCUGCUCAAAAUGGGAACUAGACUGAUAUUUUAGGGAUGAAAUCAUUGAAACAACAAUUAAAUAUUCUGAGCCAGGGCUGCCAGUGAGUGAAAAGCAUUUAUGAAAAAGAAAGAAAAAAGUUCAAAGCAUUAGUUUAGAAAUCUCACUAAUCAAGAUUUUGUGAUGCUAUGUCCCUAAACAAAGUAAUCUGUAUUUUUUUUAGAAAAAAAUAAAAUCUAGAAUGUAAAUGAAAAUGUUGUUUCUGGACAUCACUUCCUUCUCCCUUUACGAUAAAAUGUUUUCCAGCGAACCAGAUCCAUUUUGAUUAAGUUUACGUUGGUGAGGAAUAUUAUUUUUAAUUUUCUAGCAAUGACAAUUUAGAAGAGUUUCUAUAAGAUUGUAAGUUGAUACUCAGUAUAAAAUCUUAGGAUAAGAAAUAUUUCUGCAAAAUAGCAAACUUCAUAUUCAAUUCCUGAAUAGAAUUAAAUUUUAUAUUUAUUAUGGGAAGUGCCUUGAAGGAACUUUGGUAUAUGGGAUGAUCAUUUGAAUCUUGUGCAAAUUUAAGCAUUUUCGCAUGCCGGAGCCAGCCAAGAUGACAUGGAAUGGAAUAGUUUAUGUAAUCUGCAAUGGAUAAAUUAUUGAAAGAAAAUAGCAUUAUUUAAUAUGUUAUUCAUGAUUUCAUUUUGGCAUCAUCUCUGAUUUUAGAGGGAUUUUAAGGUAGAUAAAAAAUUUGUUUGGUUAAAAAGUUGAUGGUAAAGUUAGUCAUCCGAUUGUAUAUUAACCUAUAUAACCCUAGUUUGCCUCACACAUUUUCCCUGUUAACACUUUGAGGUAAAUCUUGAAAUCCGAUCCUAUUGUUUACUGUUCAUUUGUCAAAUAUUCUGUUGCAAGUAUUUCUCCUGGAAGUUGUUGUUGUGAGGCGGAAUUGUGCCCAAGAACAAUAUCGUGAAAACUAGCAUUAUGUUAUGUCAACAGUGAGAAGCUUAGAAUUCAUGGGGUAGGAUGAAAAGAAAGAAACAAUGAGGGAGAGAGCUUGUAAGUGCUCUUGAAGAUUGGACUCUGGGUAGGGUUCUUUCGGCGAAUAGCAGAUAUUAGAAAGGGACUUAGGAUUCUUUGUCCUCUGAACACUUUGAGGUCAAAUCUUGAAAUCCAAUGCUAUUGUUACUGUUCAUUUGUCAAUGAUUCGGUUGCAAGUAUUUCUCCUGGAAGUUGUUGGUGCGAGGCAGAAAUGUGCCCAAGAUCAAUUUCGUGAAAUGUAGCAUUAUUUAAUGUCAAUAGUGAGAAGCUAAGAAUUCAUGGAGCAGAAUGAAAAUAUCGAAACAAUGGGGGAGAGAGCUUGGAAAUGCUCUUGAAGAUUGCAUUUUGGUUAGGGUUCUGCAUUUAAACUUACUGAUUUUUGGAUGUGUGAAUUCAGAGUUUGUGCCUUCACUCCUUGUUGAUUUUAGUUGUUUUUCAUUCAUUGAAGACUCCAAUCCAAGGGGAACAAAACUGUCAUGUCUUUGCUUGAAAAAAGAAAAGAAAAGAAAAGUGAAUUUCUCAAGUUUCUACUGAUUAGGUGCCACUUUUCUUUUCUAGGUGUGCCAAUGACAAUCCAUUGGCGCCGGAAUACCAGGUUUCCAAGGAAAGGGCGAAAAGCUUAGGCCUUGAGUUCACUCCCCUAAAACAAAGCCUCAAGGAUACAGUCGAAAGCCUCAAGGAAAAGAACUUUUUGACUUCUUCCUCGGCAUUGCCAUGAUGCUGGAAAGAAAAUCCCUUUGUCAAAUAUGUUGCACAAACUUCUUUAUGUACUGAACCUUUCUCAAUUUAGGUUGGAAUAAAUGUGGGUUAUGUUACCACCAAACUACUAUGUUGUCUUUGAAGUCUGUUCCUUUGAGUCUUUGACUGAUCGAUGUAUGAUAUUCUGAAUCCAAAAGGUCUCUUAACUUCCUUAUUUCUUCUUCCGUGAUGUAUUUGUAUUCUUUUUGAAUGACAAGCCAUAAGUAAGUUGAUGUAUUUGUAUUUCCAUUUGUUGCAUAUUUUUAACAAUAUUAGAAC